AUGGCCUCGGCCGACAGCGAGGUGAAGACGCUCCUCAACUUCGUCAACUUGGCCUCCAGCGACAUCAAAGCGGCCCUGGACAAGUCGGCUCCGUGCCGGCGCUCCGUCGACCAUAGGAAGUACCUGCAGAAGCAGCUCAAGCGCUUCUCCCAGAAAUACUCCCGCUUGCCUCGUUGCCACCAUCACCACCACCACCUGCAGCAGCAGCCGCAGCCGCUUCAGCCCGCCAGGGAGCGAAAGGCGCCUGAGGAGAGAGCGCGAGGAGGCCUCGAGGCUCCCGUCGGCCGUGGCGACAGAGACAGCAAGGCCGCAGAGUCCGGCGAGCAGCAGCAGGGCGUCUCUGAGGCGACCGCUAGGCCCGACCAAGUGCCCAUGAGGAAAAGGCAGCUGCCCGCUUCAUUUUGGGAAGAGCCCCGGCCGGCUCAAGGCCAUCUGGGCGGGAACGGCGUCGCCUUCCCGGCGGGAGCCGCUUCCAACUCGUCGUCACCGUCGUCGUCGUCCUCCUCCAAGGACUUGCCCGUCCUUGAGGCAAAGAAAAGUAAAAAAAGCCCGGAUGGAGGGACGGUUAGCGCUGCCGAGAGCCCGCCAGGAAGCAGGCCGGACGCUGAGGCCGCGCAGGUGCUGAGCGCCUGGAGCUGCUGUCCAUUUCAGUACCACGGACCGCAAGCCUCUCCCGGCGUCUACCCGCCGCCGCUCGCCGGUUCCCUUCCGCCGGUAGGCCCCUUCCCGGGCCUGGGCCUAUGGAGGAAAAACGCGGCCUUGCCGGCGGAGGGAGACCCCUUCCGCAAGGCGGGCGGCGGCGGCGGGGCAGGCCCGAAAGUGCACCGGCCGGUGGUGUGGAAGCCCAUCCCCACCAAGCCCGCCGCGCCACCCCCCAUCUUCGGCGUCUUUGGGUACAUCUAG